CUCUGCUCCGCCGCUUCCCCCUUGCCACCCAAUGAGGGCUGAGGUGGUGCUGCCUGUCAUGGCCGCCCUUGCGCCGCGGCCUUGAGCACCAGGGGUCCUCGCCGCCCAUCCCACCGCCACCGCUUCCGCCACCAUGGGCACCGUGUACGCCCGGAGUUUGGAGCCCCUUCCAAUGAGUGGGCCAGACUUUGGUGCCUUGGGAGAGGAAGCUGAGCUGGUUGAAGUUGAACCUGAAACCAAGCAGGAAAUUCUGGAAAACAAAGAUGUGGUUGUUCAGCAUGUACACUUCAAUGGACUUGGAAGGACCAAAGAUGACAUUAUCAUGUAUGAAAUCUCUGAUGUUUUCAAGGCUAAAAAUCUCAUUGAUGUAAUGAGAAAAUCACAUGAAGCUCGUGAAAAGUUGCUUCGUCUAGGAAUCUUUAGACAGGUAGAGGUUCUGAUUGAUACCUGUCAAGGAGAUGAUGCCCUUCCAAAUGGUUUAGAUGUAACCUUUGAGGUAACAGAAUUAAGAAGGCUAACUGGAAGCUAUAACACUAUGGUUGGCAACAAUGAAGGCAGUAUGGUACUUGGGCUCAAGUUCCCCAAUCUCUUUGGACGUGCAGAAAAGGUAACCUUCCAGUUCUCAUAUGGAACAAAGGAAACUUCAUAUGGCCUAUCAUUCUUCAAACCACAGCCUGGAAACUUUGAAAGAAAUGUUUCAGUUAACCUGUAUAAAGUAACUGGACAGUUCCCUUGGAGCUCUCUUCGUGAAACUGAUAGAGGAAUAUCAACAGAACUUAAUUUCCCAAUCUGGAAGACCAAUCACACACUGAAGUGGGAGGGUGUGUGGAGAGAGCUUGGCUGCCUUGCUAGAACAGCAUCCUUCUCUGUUCGAGAAGAAAGUGGACACUCUCUUAAAUCUUCCCUCUCUCAUGCCAUGGUAAUUGAUUCCCGGAACUCUGCAAUCUUGCCAAAACGAGGUGCUUUGCUGAAAAUUAAUCAGGAGCUGGCUGGCUAUACAGGUGGAGAUGUGAGAUUUCUGAAAGAGGAUUUUGAAUUUCAGUUGAAUAAGCAACUUCUCUGGGAUUCGGUUUUUUCGGCAUCACUUUGGGGUGGAAUGCUAGUACCAAUUGGAGACAAACCAUCCAGUAUAGCUGAUAGGUUUUACCUUGGUGGACCAACAAGUGUGCGAGGAUUCAGUAUGUACAGCAUUGGACCCCAGAAUGAAGGUGAUUACUUGGGAGGAGAUGCCUACUGGGCUGGAGGCUUGCAUCUGUACACUCCUCUACCUUUCCGGCCGGGUCGAGGAGGUUUUGGAGACCUUUUCCGAACACAUUUCUUCCUCAAUGCUGGAAACCUCUGCAAUCUUAACUAUGGUGAUGGUCCCAGAGCUCACCUGCAGAAGCUGGCAGAGUAUAUCCGAUGGUCUUAUGGUGCCGGAAUAGUGCUCCGACUUGGAAACAUUGCUAGAUUGGAACUUAAUUACUGUUUCCCCAUGGGAGUACAGUCUGGUGACAGGAUCUGUGAUGGUGUUCAAUUUGGAGCAGGAAUCAGAUUCCUAUAAUACAGAAAUGAUUUACAUCAGUAAUAUGAAGUUGAGCUCUGUAAUUGAAAUCAAGACUAUAAUGCAGCUCGAUAUGGUCUAUUUUUUUUCUUGAAAUACACAUUUGAGUGAUUUGCCUCAGACUCCACAAGAAACUAUAUUAAAAGAAUUAUGCUCUGAAGGUUCAUUGUACCUCUGAUUCUUAUCAAAGAUGGGAGAAUGUAAGAUUCUAGCUAUUUUCAUUUAUAGUUUUUACUUAGUAGUAGUUUCUUAAAAAGUUAGACAGUUGUGUUGGAAAUUGGUUCUUGAAUACAUUCGACAUGACUGUGUCAUUGGCCUGCAUAGCCUUCAGUCUUCCAACUGCAAGUCUCACAAGUACUGGGAUGACCAAAUGCGUGUAUGGUCAGAGCGGAAAUUAAGGGGUAACAGUUUUUCUCCAUCUUCAAAAUGCAUCAAAAAUGAUUUGAUACAAAAAAUAAUGGUAUUAAGUGAAGCAGAAUGUUCUGAUUCAAGUAUACUUCACUACUGUAAAAUCAUCCAUAUGUAAAUGUGUCCUGUAAUCUGAAUUGUGUACUAUAAAUGCUCAAGUCCAGCUGCCUAGCACAGUGAAUGCUAAAAUUCAAGAACAGCUUUGAAAGAUUCUAAACUUUGAGGCAGUUCUGAGUCUGUAAUGAUUUUAGCCAAGCCAUUGAUUUUGGGUCUUGCUGGUUAGAUCUUCUGUAGCAGUUGCAAAAACAGACAUCUGGAAGUGAUCACAUGAUGCUACCUUGUUUGCUUUUGUGUCAGAGGCAUGCCUCACUACCUUUUUUUAGAUGCUAAUCACAAAAGUGGCCUCUGAGACUGGAGUAAUUCACUCCUAAUGAGUUCAGUCCUAAUGACUCAGCUUUGAAGAUAGUUUAGAUAGAUAGACCUACAUCAGUCUUUAGGUUUUCUAAGAGACUGAAUCUGCAAUCCACUUUUCCUGCAUCUAAAUUUACUUUUUUGUUGUUGUUGUUUUAGGCGGUGGAAAAGAUAAAAUUACAAUACAAAUAAUAUUCUGGGAGAGUAGAACUUCCCAGCUUUGUCCAGUCUGUCAGUCUGUCCUUGACUCUAAAUCUCCUCAUGUAAUUGUCUAGCACUGGUUCUUGAGCAGAAGUUUACAAACUAUUAUAUUCCCACUUUCUUCUAUCCAACUAAAGGCAUGGAUUUACACAUGCUGAGAAGCUGUGUGACUUUGCUGAAUGAUGUCAGGACUCAUGAAAUCUUGUUCCCAGUCAAGUUAGUGCUAGCAGGCACUCAGUUCUUUAAAGAAGCUACAGGUUUAUGCAUUGCUUUAGCAGUGCUAUUGUACUAAUACAGUGACUAAAUCUGUUCAUGUUGAUAACUCACUUUGUAAAAUACAAAGCCUAGAAACUGGUCUGUGUAGCUUUGCAGAGCUCCACUUGACUGAAUAUGCUUCCCCUUUUUAUAAAGCUUCUCAACAGGGUCACAUGUUCAAAACAGUGUGAAUUACAGAAAUCAGAUAUUCUUCAAAUACCAACAUUUAAUAUAAAGAUUUUUUUGUGUGUGUAUCUAACAGUUCAUGUAGUAAAUUAUAUAUUUAACAGAGCAUUUCUGAUUAUUUUUUGUUGUUACAAGAUAAAAUAUGAUGCUAUGUUAAGAAUGUCAACAAAUAUAACCUUUUUCUCCAGCACCAUCUACAUUUUGACAUA